AUGGAGAAUAAUUAUUCUUUCUUCAUCUUCUCUACCCUGCUAAUUAUAAUACUCAGCAGCAUCAUUAACAGUAAAACAUCCUUAGCCGCCACAACCGACAAAAACGCACUUGUCCAAUUCAAAACUUCCAUCACCUCCGACCCUUACCGUCUCUUGGCCCAAAACUGGUCGAUCGAUACCUCUUCCUCCUCUGUUUGUCAAUGGAUUGGUGUUUCGUGCGGCACCAAACACAAUAACAGAGUGACGGGACUUAACAUUUCCGGUUUUGGCCUCAGAGGAACUCUGUCCCCACAUCUUGGGAACUUGACGUUUUUAAGAUACUUAGACAUCAGUUAUAAUAAUUUCACGGGGCCCAUACCUCGUGAGCUGUCUCGUCUGCGCCGCCUGAGGUCUAUAGAUAUGGGAUUCAACUCGUUUGCCGGACAAAUACCAACCUGGUUUGGGGAGUUACCUCAACUCGAGAUAAUGCGUCUGACCAACAACACGUUCACAGGGUCCAUACCUCAAGAGUUGUCCCUCUUGCAGCGCCUGAGGCUUUUAGAUAUGGAAGCCAAUUCAUUGACCGGACAAAUUCCGGUGUGGUUUGGCGCUUUACCUCAGCUUGAGCUACUGAACCUUAGAAACAACACGCUCAGUGGAAGAAUUCCAGAGGAGUUUGGCAAUUGUUCUUCCCUGCAACUACUAUAUCUGUCGUUUAACCAGUUGACUGGCUCCGUUCCAUAUAUUAUCUUCAAUUUGUCAUCCAUUAGAGAGAUUCGGGCUUCGUACAAUUACCUCUCGGGUACGCUUCCAAGUGAUAUGUGCAACAAUAUACCGAGCCUGACUUUUCUUGCGGUGACGAGCAAUCAAUUGGAGGGCCACAUUCCACCAAAUAUAGGCAACUGCACAAAGCUUGAGGUCCUUUCGUUAUCCGCCAACCGUUUCAAUGGGGAAAUCCCAAGCGAAAUUGCAAGUUUGAGCAUGCUUAGGGAGUUGUACCUGGGGGUUAACGAAUUUAAAGGUAUAUAA